CCUCUCUCUCUGUCCCUCACUUUUUUCUCUCUCUUUUUACACUCUGUCGAAGACCUCGACAUUCUUAUUCCCAUUCCCCUCGUUCCAGGCCCUUCUUUUCUCGGACCCUGUCUCCAUCGCCAUUGCCAACACUCUACGUUGCUGCAACAGACGCGGCAGCAACCGACCGAUGCUAAGGGAAUUUCGUGAUGGGAUGCGCCUCGUGGAGUAGGAAGCGCGGCGAGUGACAGAGUAAUUUUCCCUGCGAAUCAGCUUAGGUUUUGGUGGUGGACGGGGUUUGAGUAGGAGAAUUAGAGGCAGAUCAGCGCCCGAUCGCGAGGCGGUGAUAGGCGUCAGGAGUGGUGCGCGCGCGGAGAGAUUGGAGACUUGCCUCUGUGGGAGUGUCGCUCGCCACCAGAAUGACUGUCAUCGCGGCACCGCCUGAAGAGGACGAUGAUAUGUUGGUGCCUCCCCAGGACUUCAACGACGUGAUUGAACCGAUGGAAGUGGUAGGGCAAGGAGAAGGUGUUGUUACUGUGGAGAAUCAGCUUGUGGAUGAUCCUCAGACGGGAAAAUUCACGUGGCCAAUAGAGAAUCUUUCGAAAAUUAAUUUGAGAAAGCAUUACUCAGAAACAUUUACCGUUGGUGGUUACAAAUGGCGGGUGCUGUUAUUUCCGAAAGGCAAUAAUGUGGAUCAUCUUUCGAUAUACUUGGAUGUUGCUGAUUCUGCACAACUACCCUAUGGCUGGAGCAGAUUUGCACAUUUUACUCUUGCCGUUGUAAAUCAGAUUGAUCCAAAGUUGACUGUCAAGAAAGAUACUCAGCAUCAGUUCAAUGUACGUGAAAGUGACUGGGGAUUCACAUCGUUCAUGCCUUUACAUGACUUGAAUGAUCCAUCACGAGGUUUCGUGGUGAAUGAUACUCUUAUUGUAGAAGCUGAUGUGAAUGUUCGUAAGGUGGUUGAUUAUUGGGCGUACGAUUCGAAGAAGGAAACAGGAUUUGUUGGGUUAAAGAAUCAAGGAGCUACAUGCUACAUGAAUUCUCUCCUCCAGACAUUGUAUCAUCUGCCUUACUUCCGGAAGGCCGUGUAUCAUAUGCCAACUACUGAGAAUGAUGUUCCAUCCAACAGCAUUCCUCUAGCUCUGCAGAGCUUAUUCUACAAAAUUCAGUAUAGUGACACUAGUGUUGCAACGAAGGAUCUUACUAAGUCUUUCGGAUGGGAUACAUACGACUCCUUUAUGCAACAUGAUGUUCAGGAGCUCAAUCGAGUUCUCUGUGAAAAGUUGGAAGAUAAAAUGAAGGGUACCGCUGUUGAGGGCACAAUUCAACAACUGUUUGAAGGUCAUCAUAUGAACUACAUAGAGUGUAUCAAUGUUGACUACAAGUCAACACGCAAAGAGUCAUUUUAUGAUUUGCAGCUUGAUGUGAAAGGGUGCAAGGAUGUUUAUGAAUCUUUUGACAAGUAUGUCGAGGUAGAACGCUUGGAAGGCGAGAACAAGUAUCACGCAGAACAAUUCGGAUUGCAGGAUGCAAAAAAAGGAGUCCUAUUUAUAGACUUCCCCCCUGUUCUUCAGCUCCAACUGAAACGGUUUGAAUACGACUUCAUGCGAGACACAAUGGUGAAGAUUAAUGAUCGCUAUGAGUUUCCUCUGCAACUAGACCUGGAUAGAGAGAAUGGAAAAUAUCUCUCUCCUGAUGCUGACCGCAGUGUGCGAAAUUUAUACACAUUGCACAGUGUACUGGUCCACAGUGGUGGGGUUCAUGGUGGUCAUUACUACGCUUUUAUUAGACCCACGCUCUCUGACCAGUGGUUCAAAUUUGAUGAUGAGCGAGUUACGAAAGAGGAACUCAAGAGAGCUCUUGAGGAGCAAUAUGGAGGGGAUGAGGAGCUUCCACAAACGAAUCCGUGUUUCAAUAACACGCCCUUCAAGUUCACGAAAUAUUCGAACGCAUACAUGUUGGUGUAUAUCAGAGAGGCUGAUAAAGACAAGGUUGUUUGUAAUGUGGAUGAGAAAGACAUUGCAGAACACUUACAGAUAAGGUUGAAGAAAGAGCAGGAGGAGAAGGAACGGAAGAGGAAGGAAAAGGCUGAGGCCCACCUUUACACUAUCAUAAAGGUUGGGCGCGAUGAAGAUCUCCAGAACCAGAUUGGAAAGGACAUUCAUUUUGAUUUGGUGGAUCAUGAGAAAGUUCGCAGUUUUCGCAUCCAGAAGCAAACGCCUUUCACGCAGUUCAAGGAAGAAAUCGCAAAGCAGCUUGGCGUCCCUGUUGAGUGCCAAAGGUUCUGGCUCUGGGCAAAGCGCCAAAACCACACAUAUCGUCCUAACAGACCACUAACUGAUCAAGAAGAGGCCCAAACUGUUGGGCACUUGAAAGAAGCCUCCAACAAGGCUCACAAUGCUGAGCUAAAGCUCUUCUUGGAAGUGCAGCGCCUCCCUGGUGCAGAUUCAGUUCCCAUACCUCCUCCAAUCAAAACAAAAGAGGACGUGCUUUUGUUUUUCAAACUGUACAAUCCUGAGAAGGAGGAAUUGCGUUAUGUUGGUAGAUCUUAUGUAAAGGCGAGUGGUAGACCAGCCGAUAUCUUGGAACGGCUGAAUGAGAUGGCUGGCUUUCCUCCGAAUGAGGAGAUUCAGUUGUAUGAGGAAAUUAAGUUCGAACCUAAUGUCAUGUGCGAGCACAUCGACAAGAAAUCUACCUUCAGGGCCAGCCAGUUGGAGGAUGGUGAUAUCAUCUGCUACCAGAGAGCUCUAACAAGGGGAGAAGAAGAUGUUUGCCGGUAUCCUGACGUCCCAUCGUUUUUGGAGUAUGUUCGUAACCGACAGAAUGUGCACUUCAGACGUCUGGAGAAACCGAAGGAUGACGAAUUUUGUUUGGAAUUGUCAAAGCAACACACAUAUGAUGAUGUGGUUGAGAGGGUAGCAGAGAAAAUUGGUCUGGAGGAUGCAUCAAAAAUCAGGCUAACAUCACACAAUUGCUACUCUCAGCAACCAAAACCACAACCUAUCAAGUAUCGUGGCGUUGAGCGGCUCAGUGAUAUGCUCGUACAUUAUAAUCAGACUUCAGAUAUCCUGUAUUUUGAGACGUUGGAUUUGCCACUUCCUGAGCUUCAGGGCCUGAAAACCCUGAAGGUGGCUUUCCACAACGCUAAAACAGAAGAGCUUUCAGUUCACAAUAUUCGGCUUCCCAAACAGAGCACGGUUGGGGAUGUUGUGAACGAACUGAAGGGGAAGGUUGAACUUUCGAGUCCAAGAGCAGAGCUUCGCAUUCUUGAAGUAUUCUAUCACAAAAUUUAUAAGAUCUUUCCUCUUAAUGAGAAAAUAGAGAAUAUCAAUGAUCAGUACUGGACCCUGCGAGCUGAAGAGGUUCCUGACGAGGAGAAAGAACUCGGUCCCCAAGAUCGUUUGAUUCAUGUGUACCACUUUACACGGGAUGCAUCACAAAAUCAUAUGGUUCAAAAUUUUGGAGAACCAUUUUUUCUCGUAGUUCGUGAGAGUGAGACUUUGGUAGAGGUGAAGGGACGCAUACAGAAAAAGCUGUUGAUUUCUGAUGAGGAAUUUUCCAAGUGGAAGUUUGCCUUUCUUUCACUGGGUCGACCUGAGUAUCUUCAAGACGGCGAUGUAGUUGCGGCUCGUUUUCAGAAACGAGACACAUACGGUGCAUGGGAACAUUAUUUGGGGCUGGAACAUACUGACAGUGCACCUAAGCGAUCACACACCACAAACCAGAACCGUCACAAUUUCGAAAAACCUGUAAAGAUCUAUAACUGACGAGCUACUUGUGGGUAUCUACAACAAAAUUGAGGAUAGAAGAUGAGUUUGAUUUGGGUAUUGCAGAACACUUUAUUCAGAUUCCUUGCAAUAAGGCAGUGAUUAUGUGGUGUGUUUUGCUAUAAUUCCACAACGGAAGUACUCAGAAGAACCAGCAGGAUGAAGAAUAACAAGCUUCUACUGUAACUGGAAUUCACUCGAAUGUGGCCUACUUUUAUACCCAUACGUAGUGGUAUAUGUGCGUAUUUGUUGAGAGUACUUGUGCCAUCGCGCAUCCUGCAGAGUUGUAGUGGUUCCUUGUAUCGAAAUGGAUUCUUAUCCAGUCUUUCAUCCGAAGCUUAUAGCUAUACAUGAGACUUAGCCUCAGUUACGGUGUUCUUAGUUGAUCAACAUGCGGUUUUCUUUUAGGACCUUCGGCGCAGUUCGUCCAUGCAGAAUAGUAUGGCCACAUAGCCGUUCAGUACACCCCUUGUUUUAUCUCGUUCAUCUUGUUCCAUUCAGUUUUAUCCCAACUUUUUACUGUUAGAUCUAGAGAGUCGUAAAUGUCCGUGUUAAGGUUGGCUUCUGAAAGCACGUGUGCAGAUUUAUUUUAUGUGUUUUUGAAUGAUUAGUGUUGCAGUGUUCGAUACUACUUUUUUUGAGACUAGGUGUACCCCUCUUUAAUUUUGGAGUAACUGAGAUAAUUAGUAGUGUUUUGCUUUUAUGUGUAGCGUUUCCCUUGUUUCAGGUUUGGCAUACACUUGUAGAGAUUAUGUAUCGUUCUCAUACUGCUGAUAAACCCUUCCGAUUAUGUGUCAGUGGCAAAGGCAACACCAGCAUCUGGUUACUUGAAACAGAGUGAUAAAAUUGACGAGACUCAGACUGAAGUAUCCAAGGGUGACUCGUAAAGCAAUAUUGUUUACUUCCCAGCCAGGAAGGAUGGUGCUCUCCAAAGUGGUUCUGGAAGUGGGUAGAGGGAUGUGCAAUAGCGGUUCUGGCCCCCUGGGUGCUUGUGUACUGUAGUGAACUACCGGGAUAGGCUCUUUUUUUCUUCAGAGGCAGAUUUUCAAAUGGAAUGCUAUCUAUUUUUACAUGUCAUGGGGUCUGCUGGAAGGUGUAUUUCAAAGCCACUCAUGUAUUACUCGGCAAUUUCUCACGGAUUUAUGUGAUUAUCCAGGAAUGUUCA